CACAUAUAUAUAUAUAUAUAUAAAAACUAUAUUGCCACCCCUCCAAAUCAUUGGAUUCAGGUGUUCCAAUCACCUCCAUGGCCACAGGUGUAUAAAACCAUGCACCUAGGCAUGCAGACUGCUUCUACAAACAUUUGUGAAAGAAUGGGUCACUCUCAGGAGCUCAGUGAAUCCAAGCGUGGGUACCAUGAUAUGUUGCUACCUGUGCAAUAAGUCCAUCCAUGAAAUUUCCUUGCUACUAAAUAUUCCACGGUCAAUUGUUAGUGGUAUUAUAACAAAGUGGAAGCAACUGGGAAUAACAGCAACUCAGCCACGUAAAAUGACAGAGCAGGUUCUGUGCAUGCUGAAGCGCACAGUGCAGAGAAGUCGCCAACUGUCUGCAGAGUCAAUAGCUAAAGACCUCCAAACAUCAUGUGGCCUUCAGAUUAGCACAAUAAUGCACAGAGAGCUUCAUCGAAUGGGUUUCCAAGGCCGAGUAGCUGCAUCCAAGCCUUACAUCACCAAGUGCAAUGUAAAGCGUCGGAUGCAGUGGUAUAAAGCGCGCCGCCACUGGACUAUAGAGGAACGGUACUUCACAGACAUUGCCAAGUGUAAAGUU